AUGGAUCAUCAGAUGCUCCGGAAUGGAUUCACUCACACUCCGCCAGACAUGGCCGUUCCGAUCACUCCAAUGAUGCCCAACAUAUCCCAUAUGGACAACUUUAUCCACAUGCAUGGUGCUGCGUAUGACCAAGACGGUGAAAAUCAUUUCUUGGCCAUGGGCAAUGUCCAUGCAAACAUGAUGGACUUUGACGCCAAUAACGUCUUGGAUUUCAUGUCGCCCCCUCCGGGCAUACUUCACGAUCCUAGCGAACCAUUCUUCGUGAAUGGAAAGAUGGGUACGCACACCCCUGAUCAUAUCCCAUUUCCCAUGCAGAUGCAUGAAGGGGCCACGCCGUUAGGUUUGCGCCUGGGUUUGGAAAGUCCGCAGCAUCUGUCACAUCGACCUCCGGUUGGGCUUUCUCCUUCCAGCUCCUCGUCAACAAGUGGCCUGCAGGAACCGGACGCCGUGCUAGCUGCACAUCAAGCCUGGCCAUUUUUCCAGUGUAGUCGCGUAGAAAAGGAUUCGGCCUGUGCUCCUCCCAAGACUGCUGCCAUAUACCUGGAAGGUCUUGCUCAGACGCUUCGAAACCAGGCCACCUGGACUGCAUGGGCAUCCCAGCUUGAUGAAUCCAUUCUCGACAUUUCAACAGAACGGAAAAUUGCCACUGAGCCGAUCGUCGGCUGGUCGAGAGAAAAGCUCCUCGCAAUCACUCAAGGAUUCCUCCACAAAGCCUUGGACAUCCACAAGGCAGACCACGCCGCACGAGAGGAAACACCGUCGAGUCCGGACUCCAGUCGAGAUGCUUUUCUUAUGCUGCCACCUCCAGAUGUGAUGCAGUACUUCUUGAGAAGUUAUGUUGUCCGAUACGAGCCGUACUAUUCUUCGGUAGCUGCAGGCCGAUUAGACCCCAACAGCCUGAUGCAGUCAAACAAUAGCAAAGCUGCCAGCCUCCUCAUCCUGUUGAUGGUCGCAUCCGGAGCUUCAGCAACCGCCACCGUCGAAGCCCGAUACGUCACAAGCGGUCUGACCGAGGCCUGCAGGAUAUCCCUCUUUGACACAAUCGAAAAGGAUGUCCUCCAAUCGCGAGAAGUACUGGUUCUCCGAUCCGCCUUGCUUUUCACCUGCCUUGCAGCAUGGUCCGGCGACAAGUGGCAUAUGGAUAUGGCCAUGGGUCAGCGCGGAAUGUACCUGGCGAUGCUGGCACAUUCUGGAAUGCUCGAUGCUGACGAUCUAUCUAUCAAUGUCAGCCAGUGUAAGCACGAAGCCGAGAAGACCUGGGAAGAUUGGAAACAGCACGAGGCCAAGCGGAGACUUGCACACUCUUGGGUCACUGUCGACCAAGAAAUGAGUCUGUUCUCAGACACGACCCCUUUGUUGUCUCUGGUGAACCUCCAUGCCCCCAUGCCAGAUUCUGACGACCUGUGGCACGCCGAGUCUGCUGAGAGUUGGUUGGAUCUCUUUCAGAAGGUCCAUAGUCCCACGUACCAGGCUCCUGCCUCGCUUCGUGAUUUCUUCACAAGUUUCGUGGAUGGUGAAUUGGCAGGCAAAGAGUUAUCUCCCACCCAGCUUCGAUUGCUCUUGCAUCCUCUCCAAGCCCAGGUCUGUCAGCUGCGUCAGUUCAUUGCUUGCUUACCAGAUGGCGGUAGCCAUGCAAAGGGAUCACGCUCCAUUUCCAAAGCGGCUUCCAAAGCACGACUAGAAGAGAUUUCCUCGCUGUUGCAACAAUGGUAUUCGAUUAGCAAGCAGAGCUUCUCCGGCAACACGGGCACCUGCUGGACGACUUGCGCGAAUCUCAUCAUGUACCACCUGAUAUCUUUGAAUGCGAUCACCAGCUUCAAAGACAUUGAGCAAUUUGCACGGCGAGACGUCUCCCUGGGACCAUUCCGAUCCGCUUCAUGGCUCCAGAUGCGGUGCAUAGACCAACCUGAGGAAGCAUACUUCCAUUGUGGCCAAAUACUGCGCCUGAUCCGUUCAAUGCCCCAUCCUGUGCGACCUCCUUGGUGGGCCGGGGCAAUAUAUCGGGCUGCAUUGACUGGUUGGGCUACCAGCAUGGCAAGCGGCAACGCGCGGUUCUCCCCAACGCAGUCUCAGGUAGAACCCGAAAGACCUUUUGCUAUCGACGAUCUUACCCCGGAGACUGAAGCCAUUAGUCGAUACAUGAAAUAUCAAGAAGGAACACCAAUGCUGUCGCGAGCCGACGGGACGUUGGCUCCUCUUGAGAUUCCCUCCAACAUUCUUGAACACUGCAUCGAAGUCCUGGAUGAUGAUUCGUCGAUGCGGCUGGCUGAAGGCAUCAAACGAAAACUUCGAGUGUUCCUGGCUAGCUGGAAGGACGUUUGA